AUGCACUGCCCCGGCGAGCGCUGCCCGCCGCUCCUCCUGCCGGGCCCCAAAUUCAUCCCCGAGCUGCUGCCGCCGUGCCCGGCUCACCCCGAGCCCUUCGCCAACACCUGCCACCCCCUGAGCAUCACCAAGGGCCCGGCGCCGCACUGGCAGAGCUGUCCCCAAGGCGCCACCGCGGUGUCGCUGCUGCCGUGCCAGCCGCUGGUGCAGAAGUGCCUGCUGCUCUACCCCGAGCCCUGCGAGACCACCCGGCUGCUGCCCCGCCCGAGGGGCUCCGGCGUCCCCCAGCCCCUGGCGACCCCGCAGAGCCCCCGCGGCGACAAGAAACGCGUGGCCAGGAGCCUCCCGCCGUGCGCGCCGCGCUGCCCCGAGCCCGGCCGGCUGCGCUUCCCCCCGUGCGGGAUCCGCUGCUCCUCGGCGUCGUGCCGCGGCGAGUGCCGCCCGCGCAAGGUGGCCACGAGCCCCCCGCGCCGCCCCGAGCUGACCAGCGGCUACUCGCUGCCCCUCCGAGGGGUCACCGAGUGUCCCCCGCAGCAGAGCGUCACCCGCUCCUUCCUGCAGGAGCAGCUGGUGGCGGUCGCCCCGCACCGCUGCUCCAAGGGGUACCCCACGCAGGAAUUUGUCACCUGCUGCUCCUCGGAGCAGCGCCUGAGCAGCGCCCCCGCCCCGCGCGGUGUCGCCAAGGCCACCAAGGAGUGUCCCCCGCUGCGGGCGGUGGCCAAGGGCUCGCCGCCGCUGGAGGGGAGCAAGGUCAGCAGCUGCUCCGCGCAGUACCUGAGCAAGUCCCGCUGUGGCCACCACCACCACCCCCGGGGCGCCCCGCGGCCCUCCCGGCUGGCCCCGGCCGGGGCCAAGCGCUCCGGCCACGCCAAGAAAAGUCGCUGCGCUUCCAAGUGGCUCUGAUUUUCCAGCACCGGGAAGGUGUAGGGGAGAGGUUGAGGAGUUCUGAGCCACUUGGAGCCUCACCUCAAGACGUGCCAAUGUCUGCGCCCUGUUUUUAUGUUGUGGGAUCAAUUCUCCUCUGGCUGUACC